UUGUCACCAAUAAAAAUAUCACAGGUUGUAGUCACGCGUCAUCGGUUGUAUUCUGCCCCACACCUGGAAACGCUGUGUGCCCCUGUGUUUUUUUCGAAAGUGCUUCACAAGGAAUCAGAAAUGUCACACUACGCCUCCGCAUCAAAGUCCUCCGAAGGUGACUUCGGAGGUGAUGAUGAUGACAUGGAGGAUGAUGAUGGAUAUGAUUUAAGUGAUUAUGAAGGUGAUAUGGACGGUGGCAUUACUGACCCCAGUGAAGCACCAACCACAAGUGCUGAUCGGCGUAGUGAGAACUACUCUUCCCGAUGCUCACUUCAUCAUGCCGAUAAGCCCAGCACUAGCCGACACAGAACCGAGUUUCGCCGUUUCCGAAAUGCCAGUGAACGCUUAACCGAGCACACUGAUGACAAUCGACGAGAUCAUCACAAUCACCUUGAACGCAAGAGAAGAGCCAGUAUUAAAGGGAGUUAUUGUGACCUCCGAGAAGCUAUCCCUAGUUUACGUGGUUCUAAAGCUUCAAGGGCUGUUACUCUCCAACGCGCAGCAGAGUAUAUUGAAUCUCUCAAGAAGUCGAACCAUGAACACUCGAUUUGUGUGGACGAAUUAAAUAGACAGAAUGAGCUUCUUGAACGCCAGGUUCAAGAUUUAUAUCGCAACUACCAACGCCUAGAGAAUGAUGAGUACGCUUUAACACAAGCGGUAGCUGCGGCUGGGGGUUCGAGCAAUGGUCAAUCGAGUCCGUUUAGUGCUCCUGCACCACCAACAUCGUUGCCUGUGGUUACUUCUGGAACCUCUUCCACAGGAAAUUCAACACCAACAGCAGCGCCUCUUGCAUUAAACGGAAGUAGCAGUGGAGGGAGCAAUAGUCUUUCUUCUGGUUUUACGGCCCCUGUUCGUGUGGUUUCUCAGCACAACCAGGCAUCGAAUAAUAGCAAUACGUCUUCACCUGAUGAUCCGCCGCCCAUCCCAUCUUCAGGCCUGGCUCAGUUAAGCUACGCAGCAAUGCAAUUACAGCAGCAGCAGUCUACGAGCUCUCCCACUACUUCUACGAAAUCCUCAGUAGUUACGAAAACGACGACGACGACCUCACAGGUGCCGCGACUUAUCACGCUUGAAACACCUAGUACUACCGGUGGUGCACGCAGUGGAGUUAUUCCCCAGCGUAUCCGUCUUUCAAACUCCCUCUCCACAACUAGUGGUGGCAGACCAAUUGUUGUGGUGCCCAGUGCGACCACAGGCACCUCUGCAACUCUCUCUGCUCUCGAUACAGCUGUGAUCAAAGCCAGAAAUGCUCCUAGACCUACUGGACAGGAUAAUCAGCAGCAGGUAAUUGUCGGUAGUAAUGUGGAGGUGGUUAGCUCCAACAAUACUACGACAACACAUACUGGGACAAAUCAACCGCGGCGUGUUGUGAUUGUCUCUGCACAGCAUCAUCAAGAGUUUCCUGCCAUUGCCACGUCUAAAUCGUCUCCUUCUAAUUAG